CGGGUCCCCCCCUCCGCGCCCGCCCCGCGGGCCGAGCGGCCGGCCGGGCCCGCCCCCGGCGCCCACCAUGUACGCCUUUGUGCGGUUCCUGGAGGACAACGUCUGCUACGCGCUGCCCGUGUCGUGCGUGCGCGACUUCAGCCCCCGCUCGCGGCUGGAUUUUGACAACCAGAAGGUGUACGCCGUGUACCGGGGCCCGGAGGAGCUGGGCGCCGGGCCCGAGAGCCCCCCGCGCGCCCCCCGAGACUGGGGCGCACUGCUGCUCCACAAGGCCCAGAUCCUGGCGCUGGCAGAAGACAAAUCUGACCUUGAAAACAGUGUGAUGCAGAAGAAAAUAAAAAUCCCCAAACUUUCUCUGAAUCACGUAGAAGAAGAUGGGGAGGUUAAAGAUUAUGGGGAAGAAGAUAUACAGCUUAGACACAUCAAGAGACCCGAGGGCCGGAAGCCGAGCGAAGUGGCACACAAGAGCAUCGAGGCGGUGGUGGCCCGGCUGGAGAAGCAGAACGGCCUGAGCCUGGGCCGCAGCACGUGUCCGGAAGAGGUCUUCGUGGAGGCCUCGCCGGCCGAGGACAUGGACAGUCUGGAGGAGGCCGCCGUGCGGGCUCUGUAUGAGGAGCUGCUGCGCAACUACCAGCAGCAGCAGGAGGAGAUGCGCCACCUCCAGCAGGAGCUGGAGCGGACUCGGAGGCAGCUGGUUCAGCAGGCCAAGAAGCUCAAGGAGUACGGGGCGCUCGUGUCCGAGAUGAAGGAGCUCCGCGACCUCAACCGGAGGCUGCAGGACGUGCUGCUCCUGAGGCUGGGCAGUGGUCCUGCCAUUGACUUGGAAAAAGUAAAGUCAGAAUGUCUCGAGCCAGAGCCGGAGUUACGGAGCACUUUCAGUGAGGAAGCAAACACGUCGUCCUAUUACCCCGCUCCUGCACCUGUCAUGGACAAGUAUAUCCUAGACAAUGGCAAGGUCCACCUGGGAAGCGGGAUUUGGGUUGAUGAGGAGAAAUGGCACCAGCUACAAGUAACCCAAGGAGAUUCCAAGUACACAAAGAACUUGGCAGUCAUGAUUUGGGGAACAGAUGUUCUGAAGAACAGAAGCGUCACAGGAGUUGCCACAAAAAAAAAGAAAGAUGCAGUCCCUAAGCCACCCCUCUCACCUCACAAACUCAGCAUCGUCAGAGAGUGUUUGUACGACAGAAUAGCACAAGAAACUGUGGAUGAAACUGAAAUUGCACAGAGACUCUCCAAAGUCAACAAGUACAUCUGUGAAAAAAUCAUGGAUAUCAAUAAAUCCUGUAAAAAUGAAGAACGAAGGGAAGCAAAAUACAAUUUGCAAUAAACUUUGGAUUUUUCAUAAA